GCCACAGCGAACACUCGGGAUCGAUUGUUUCCACCUGACCAUAAUCCGCAAAGAGCGCUGAGCAUAUCGAACGGUAUUCAGUCAGGAACAUGGCCAUCCGUGAAGAGCUAAUCGAGGGGGCGGUGACAUUCCUCCAAGACCCCUCAGUAUCAACGGCGCCCAUUGAACAGAAGAUCGCCUUUCUCCGCUCCAAGAAUCUCACCCAAGAGGAGAUCGAUGCUUCACUCGCCCGGACCAGCCAAGUUUCCGCGACAUCGACCUCACAGCCUCCGCCCUCAGCAUACAACACCCAACAAUACCGGCCUCAGUAUGGCUACCAACAACCACCGUCUUACUGGAACCAACCACCUCCUGAACUUCCCCGGCGGGACUGGCGUGACUGGUUCAUCAUGGCGACGGUUGUCGGCGGGGCAGGCUACGCGAUGUACUGGACCGCCAAACGCUACGUCUACCCGCUGAUAGCUCCUCCGACUCCACCACAACUAGAGGCAGACAAGGCUUCCAUCGAUACUGCAUUUGACAAAGCCUUCGCACUCCUCGAUCAGCUGGCGACCGACACGCAAGCACUAAAAGACUCCGAAAAGUCACGCACGGAACGCCUAGAUCAAGCCUUGAGUGAGGUGGAGGCUGUGCUAAGCAAAAUGAAGGAGGCGAACGAGGCGCGUGAGUUGGAAGCAAGGAGUAUGGCUCGCGAACUGCUGGAAGUCAAGGAUCAGAUUCCCAAGGCUAUCGAGCGGGAGAAGAAGGGCACGGAGGAAAAGUUGGAGAGCUUGGUCGGCGAGAUGAGGAGCCUGAAGACGCUGGUUGCGAACCGCAUGCAGCAGCCUAGCACGCAGCACCAAAGUUAUAGCGGGCUCUCACGAGGCCAGCAGAGACCGAGUUCAGGUGUCAAUGGUGUGGAUGGCUCCUCUUCAUCGCCAGCACCGGAGACGAAUGGGCAUGCGGACGGUGCCAACUCUUCGGACGGUGAGAAAGCGAAUGCAGCCUCACCUUCUACACUGCCGGAUAGAUCGGGCACUAACAGUCCGUUUGGGCGCAUGCUGGGCGGUGGGAAGGCGCAGAUUCCGGCGUGGCAGUUGGCGGCGAAGAAGAGGAAUGAGGAGGCAAAAGCCGAAAGCGGUGCUGAGACGCCGCAUGAAGCAACCGUGGAAGAAGUUGCUGCAAGCUCGUAGGAUCACAGCUGGUGAGAACGGAGCUACGCAGACCGUACACAAGGUCCGACGUCCUCGACCGCGGCUCCCCGAGAAGCGUCUAAUAUUGGUCUAGCACUAGGACCAUAUCCCAAGCUGUCCUUCGAUCAGGAUCCGUCUCACGCGUGCAACGCGGGUACUCCCAAGAGUUGACGUCGCAAAGCGGCGAAUAGAGUGCAGUUGGUGGAACACGAAGGUGCAGGUAAAUGGAGCGUUCCAAUGGCGAAAACUCAACCGAAAGCACGCAACCAGCUCACGCAGAUAAGCUUGCCACACGUACGAGUCAGGGAGUAAGCUCAGCUGUCUCCCAGCCCUUGGCGAGCUCAGUAGAAGCUUGUUGUGUCAGCAGAAGAUGGGAAUCACCCGUGGAUUCUUGGAUCACUAAACCCGCAUUCGUACUUGGUCACGGCU